UAACCAUUAAUUAUCCAUCAUGCCAAAGUUCUAUAUAUAUUCCAAUAUUUAGAUCACUCACUCACCAUAUGUUACAACUUUCAUCCAAAAUACACACACAAUGGAUUUUUAUCCAGAGACACUUGCACACAUUAACAAUGGCUUUGAGCUACACGAUUUCAUUGAAGAUCCAAACUUUAAUCAAUUCAUCAACUUGAUUCGUGGGGAAGAAAAUGAAGAUACGACUACUAUGUGUAACUUCAAUUCUGACCUAAUCAUGAAUCAAAGCUUUGUUGAUAACUCAUUCCUUUCAUUUCCUACAAACACAUUUGAUCACUCCAAUAAUAAUUUUGUCACCCCUUUUGAUCCAACUUCUUCACUUGGCUCUUUCUCUUGUUUUGAUGGAGAAGCUAAGGGUGAAAUAAGAGAAGAAAAUGAUAAUGAUGAUGAUGAUGAUAAUUAUUCUUCUCCAACAACAACUACAAGUGGUGAUACUAAGCCAAGGUUGAAAACGGAUAGGUCCAAGACUUUGGAAUCUGAGAGGAGGAGGCGCGGUCGAAUGAAGGAUAAGCUCUAUGCAUUGCGAUCUUUGGUUCCCAAUAUAUCAAAGAUGGAUAAGGCUUCUAUAAUUGGAGAUGCUGUUUCAUAUAUGCAAGAACUUCAAUCACAAGCCAAGAAGCUUAAGGCUGAGGUUUCAGGACUUGAAGCAUCCUUAGCAGCAUCCAAAUCUCAUCAAGGAUCAAUUGAAAACCACAAAAAGAUUCAAUUCAAUGAUAACACUAGUUCAAUAUGCAAGAAAAUUGUCCAGAUGGAUAUGUUUCAAGUGGAUGAAAGAGGGUUUUAUGUUAAAAUAGUAUGCAACAAAGGAGAAAGAGUGGCUGCUUCAUUGUACAAGUCUCUUGAAUCUUUGAGAGAUUUCAAUGUUCAAAAUUCAAAUUUGGCCACAGCUUCUGACAAAUUUCUACUUACAUUUUCAUUUAAUGUAAAAAACUCAGAGCCAAUAAUCAACCUGCCCAAUUUAAAGCUAUGGGUGAUUGGAGCUUUUCUAAAUCAAGGCUUUGAAUUCUUACCUUCUUUUUAAUCUUGAUAACUAAUGUAAUGUUUUAAUCUAAUUCAGGAUGUUUUAGAUGGAUUAUUAUGAGGCAUAGAAUUCUAUAAUAUUUAUGCUUUUGGUUGGAGGUUAACUAUUGUCUCUUUGUCUUUUAUUUAUGUAGCAUCUUUUUUAUUAAUAUCUUAUUUUUAAAUCUUUGUUUUGUAUUUUUAGUUCUUAACAUGUGUCGGGCAUUUGUUAGCAUUAUCUUUUUUUA